AUGGGUGAUGAAAGAUUGUCAUCACUUGCAAUCUUAUCUAUUAAAAAUUAUAUUGCUGAAAAUUUCGAUUGGACAACAUUGAUGUACGUCAAACUAUCAUCACCCGAACUCAUAAUCUAUUCAACGGUCGCAUUGAUAUUGGCUUUGUGGUUUCAUUGGAGAUGGAAGUAUCGAUAUUUUUUGGAUUUAGCUGGAAAACUUCCCGGACCUCCGUCUUAUCCACUUAUCGGAACCACAUCCAUGUUCACUCACACGUACGACGAGACGAUAGCAAAACUCAAAGAGAACGCCGAACAGUACAAUUACGAGCCAGUGGGGACGUGGAUAGGUCCGAUCCAUUACGUUAGCGUUGUCAAACCGGAAGAUAUACAAAUCGUAUUAAAUAAUUCCCGAGCACUGGAAAAAGGUCAACUGUACGCGUUCCUGAAAAGUUUGCUCGGCGAAGGCUUAUUAACUGCUUCAGUGGAUAGAUGGCGAAAGCAUCGUCGUAUCAUAUCAUAUGCGUUCAAUGUAAAGUUCUUGGAGCAGUUGUAUCCGGUUUUCAAUGAGAAAAAUAAAAUACUCGUAAAAAAUCUCCGAAAAAAUAUAAACUCAACACAACCGUUCGACCUCUGGGAUUAUAUUAUAUCGAGUACUUUUGAUACCAUAUGCCAAACUGCAAUGGAUUACCGUAUAAACGAAAAACAUAAUAAAACCGAAUUUUUAGACCUCAUGACAACGAUCGCAGACGAACUUGUGAAGACCGUCAACAGACCGUACCUGUACCCGAGUUUGUUCUUUUCGAUCUACAGGUCUGUGAGUGGUCUCAGUGAAAAAUUAGAACUGAUCAACAAACUUCCGUUACAAUUGAUCGACGAAAAGAGAAUAGACUUCCGUUCGAAAGUAGUCGAGUCUGAUUUGAAUCCCACGGAUUUCACAGAUGAAAAAAAAAACAAAUUCAAAACGUUUAUCGACACACUUUUGGAGGCCAGCGAAAACGAUCCUGAUUUUACGAACACCGACGUCCGGGAUGAAGUCAUAACGAUGAUGUUCGCGGGCAGUGACACAAACGCUACCACCGAAUGUUUCUGCCUCCUGUUGUUGGCCAUCCAUCAAGACAUUCAGGAUGAAGUGUACGACGAGAUUUACAACGUGGUGGGCGACAGCGACCGCGAUUUGACUCCGGAGGAUACUGCUAAAUUUGCGUAUUUAGAACAGGUGAUCAAGGAAACACUGAGGAUGUAUCCAACUAUAUCGGUGUUCACGAGACAGCUGGUGGAAGACAUCAAAGUCACAAAUUACGUCUUGCCGAGGGGCGCCAGCGUCACGAUAUCACCGAUAGUCACGCACCACUGCCCGCACCUGUACCCAAACCCCGAGGCAUUCAAUCCGGACAACUUCAGCGUGGAGAACGUGGCCAAACGGCACAAAUACAGUUACAUAGCGUUCAGCGGCGGCCCGAGGGGAUGCAUAGGGAGAGAGAAGGUGUGGAAGUCGGUUCCAUUUUGUAACAAGGGUAGAAGGUGUAAGGUUUGCGAGCCCGUAGAUGACGGGCGCGACCUUACGCCAGGAGCUGGAGGWUAG